GGCCAGCCAACCUCAUCAACAAACAACCUCUGCGCAAGGAUGUCGACGAGCCGUGUCUUGGAUGUGCUCUUGGACCACGGGCUGUACCUGCUCAUCAACGCCUUCAACGACGGCCUCGCCUUCAAGCACUGGCGCAGCGCCGACCACGCGGCGUACAACGGCCAUCUCUACAUCCUCCAGACGCGCAUGCAGGAAGGGCUCGAGCUCGCGUGCACGACGAAUGCGAUGGAUUGGGCUGCGUGCAAUGGUCACAUGGAGCUGCUCAAGUGGCUUCACAACAACCACGACCGCGGCUGUACGUACCGCGCGAUGGACUGGGCCGCCAACCACGGUCGCCUCGAGAUCGUCCAGUGGCUCCAUGAACAGCGCGACGAGGGCUGCAGUCCGAGUGCCAUCGACAACGCCGCGUCCGGUGGUCACCUAGAGACGGUCGCGUGGCUCCUCGCGAACCGAAGUGAAGGCUGCACGAUCCAUGCGAUGGAUAGUGCGGCGCGCCACGGGCAGUUGGCCAUGCUCGAGUACCUCCAUCAACACACGGAGAACGGGUGGACCGACAUGGCAAUGAACUGGGCCGCCGAGUACGGCCACCUUCCUGUCGUGCAAUGGCUUCAUAUGCACGCACCCGAGAACAAGUUGCGCCUCGCGUCUGCCGCCGCGUCUGCCGCCGCCUCCGAGAAGACCAAGGUGCUCGACGACCUCUUUGGCGGCGACGAAGAGUACGAGCCCUUUGACGAUGCCUUUGUCACUGACAUGCCGCAAAUCCCCGACCUCGAAUUCAUUGACGAAGAGUCGUUUGACCGCUCCCACCUUGAAAACGACGUGCUCGAGUCCGACUUGGAGCUGCGGCCGCUCGACCUCGCCGCGUCCCACGGCCACCUGGACGUGGUCGUGUGGCUGUCCGAGAUGGGGUAUCCGUGCACGACGUACGCCAUGGAUAAGGCCAUCGGCAACGGUCAUUUUGACGUCUUCCAGUGGCUCGAGGCCCACCGCUCCGAGGGCUGCACGACGUGGGCGAUGGACUUGGCCGCCGAGGCGGGUCGUCUCGAGCUCGUCGAGUACCUCCAAAGGCACCGUCGCGAAGGCUGCAGCUCCGACGCCAUGGACCACGCCGCGCGUCGCGGUCACUUGGACGUUGUCCAAUUUUUGCACUUUGAGCGCGCCGAAGGCUGCACAACGCUCGCGAUUGACGGUGCGGCGGAGAAUGGCCACUUGGAUGUGGUGCAGUUUCUACAUACGCACCGGACCGAAGGGUGCUCGACCGAGGCCACCGACAAGGCAGCGGCCAACGGACACUUGGACGUGGUCCACUGGCUCCACUUUCACAUGGGCGCGCCGUGCACGACGUAUGCAAUGGACGCGGCGGCAGAGCAAGGCCAUUUGGCCGUGGUGCGCUGGCUGCAUGAAAACCGACCGGAAGGCUGUACGACGGAAGCGAUGGACUCGGCGGCGAUGAAAGGUCAUUUGGAGGUCGUUCAAUGGCUCCACGAACAGCGGCACGAGGGCUGCACGACCCACGCCAUGGACGGUGCCGCUGAAAACGGCCAUCUCGAGGUCGUGGAGUGGCUGCACUGGAAUCGCAUCGAAGGCUGUACAACCAACGCCAUGGACAAGGCCGCGCGCAACGGCCACUUGGAAGUGGUUCAGUUCCUGCACGCGCAUCGCAGCGAAGGGUGUACGCACCAUGCGAUUGACCGCGCCGCCGGCAACGGGUACCUCGCGACGUGCAUGUGGCUCGUCGAGAACCGCAGCGAAGGCUUCACCGAAGCCGCGCUUGAGCAAGCCGACGAGUACGGCUACGGCAACGUCGUGCAGUACCUCUUGUCGCUCGACGAUCAUGCCGACGACGACGAGAGUGGAGACGAAUAGAGAUACAUGCGCAGUGACAUUCAAUAUAGCGAAAAGCAACGUCUUAAUA